AUGGCUCCACUCCUGUACUUCCAUACCAGAAAACUCCUCCUAAUCUCUCUUCUUUUCUCCUUCUUUUUUCUUUCCAUCUUUUCCUUCACUACAUGCUCUCAACCUCAACUCAAACACUCAUCAAAUACUAAUACAAGAACAUUGUUACAAGAACAAGAACAAGAAUCUGAACAUUCCUUGAAAAAGAAACCUAGUUCCAAAAACCAAACCAAGUUAAUCAAACCAAACAACCUCUCCAAAAACCAAACCAAAACAAUCAAAUCCAAUAACACAAACAUCCCCUCCAAAAACCAAUCAAAACCUACAACAAAACUCACCGACACUACCACUAACCUUAAAAAACUCAAUUCCACCAUCUUCAAGACCAAGAAACUAAAUUCCACAUCAAACUCCACCACCACCAAAUCACUGGAUCUCAUCAAAGCAAGUACCAGUGUUUCCAAAAACAAAACAACAAAAGCCACCGUCACAAAAACAGAUCAACAACAAUCAAAGAAACCAAACAAACCGAACAAACAAACACCGCCUAGUUGGUUGUUCGACGAUGAAGACACCGAUUUCGUCUCAGACUUCAAAGACCUCCCAAAGAAAUUCCAACAAACACUAAUCCCCGACCUCGAAAAAAUCUCAACAACCUCAAAAGCCUACAUAACAAAAACCAACAAACAAAUCACAAACAAUUUCAAACCAUACGUCGGCAACAAAUACGCACCAACCAUCGCAACUCUCCUCUCAUGCACCUGCGUUUUACUCCCAUUACUCUUAGCCUCGCUUCUCUUCAACAAAAUCAAAGCCUAUUUCUCUCUCCAAAAGCUCUUAAUCUUCAUCCAAGCUUAUUUAUCAAUCUACUUUUCCAUCCUCUGUUUCUCUUCUUUGAUCACUGGUCUUGAACCGUUGAAGUUUUUUUACUCUACUUCGCAGUCCACCUAUCUUACCCUGCAGAUCAUUCAAACACUAGCCUACGUUUUCUACCUUCUGUUACUUCUCAUGUACCUUGUUUUGGUUUUCUCAACUGAUUGUGGUUUGGGCUCAAAGUUCAUGGGCCUGGCCCAAACGUUUGUGGGCUUUUGUGUUGGGCUUCAUUAUUACAUGACGGUGUUUCAUAAAGUGGUGUUACGGCAACCGCCGAAGACUAAUUGGAAGAUUCACGGGAUUUAUGCCACGUGUUUUCUUGUGAUUUCUGUUCUUGCUACUGCUCAGAGAAGGAAGAAAACUUACUUGGAAGAAGGUGGAGAAGAAGGAAAGAAGAAUUAA